AUGUCCCGUCUUAUUGUAAAGAAUCUACCAUCGUACAUCACGCCCGAGCGCCUUCGGAAGCAUUUUGAACAGAAAGGCUGCCCUCAGGGUACCCUUACUGACCUCAAAGUCGCUCACAAGCAAGAUGGGACUUCACGUAGAUUUGGUUUCGUUGGUUACAAGACAGAUGAAGAGGCCUCAGCUGCGAAGGAAUGGUUCGACAAAACCUUCAUUGACUCCGCACGAAUAUUCGUCAAUGUUAUCGAGGGUGCCAAGGACGCGCCAGCUCCUCGACCUAAUAAACGGCCACGACUAGACCCUCCGGAUAAUAUGUCAUCUGAGCAGGCGAAGAAGUCAACUACGAAGGCGGCCGUGAAAGAGGACAAAGCCAAGUCAACGAAAGAGCCGCGUUUGGACGAGUUCAUGGACGUCAUGCAGCCGCGGACGAAGAAGGGUCCCUCAUGGGCUAAUGAAGCACAGCCAGAGGCGUCGACAAGUUCACACACUCUGGACGUGGAUAUGCAGGAUCCUGGCCUGGAUGCGCCUGAUGCUGAGCCGGUGAACCAGGAAGGCUUAUCGGACUUGGAGUGGAUGAAGCAGCACCUGUCGAGGAAAGUGGAUGAAAAAGAACGAGUUUUCGAGCAGUCUGAUGAUGAGGAGCAAGCUCCGGAUGGCGAGGUAUCCACGACGCCUGCCUUACCUGAGGCCCCGAAAGAUCCGACAGAGGAUACUAUACUACAAACAUCGAGGCUUUUUGUCCGGAAUCUUGCUUUCUCAUGCGCAGAUACCGAGCUCUGGGAACUAUUUGGUGGAUAUGGAGAGAUUUCUCAGGUUCACAUACCUCUUGAUGCGCAGACAAAACAAUCGAAAGGGUUGGCAUAUGUCACAUUCGCACGGGCUGCCGACGCUGUCUCUGCCUACAAGGCUUUAGACCGAAAGUCCUUCCAAGGUCGUCUGCUGCAUAUCCUUGCUGCGGUCGACCGUAAGGGUGCGUAUCAAGUGGAAGAAGCAGGGGGGAAGAAACGAACUCUAAAGGACGAGAAGAAUGCAAAGCGCAAGGCUGCCGCCAGCAAAGACUUUAAUUGGAGUAUGCUUUACAUGAAUAGCGACGCGGUGGCUUCAUCUAUUGCUGACCGCAUGAACAUCGCCAAAUCCGACAUAUUGAACCCAGAAUCGUCGGACAAUGCCGCCGUCAAACUUGCCCUCGCAGAAACGCACAUCAUUCAGGAAACAAAAUCAUAUCUUGAAUCUCAGGGGGUUGUCUUAUCAUCUUUUUCAUCACGGGCUCGUUCAGAGACCACUAUCCUCGUCAAAAAUAUUCCUUAUGGAACAAGCGAGGAUCAGAUACAACAGCUAUUCGAGCCUCAUGGGACACUUACGCGCGUUCUUGUACCUCCUGCGGGAACGAUGGCGGUGGUUGAUUUUGACAGGUCCGACGAAGCGAGCCAGGCAUUUCGCGCUGUAGCGUACCGUCGGCUCGGCAAUUCCAUCGUUUACCUGGAGAAAGGCCCCCUCGGUAUAUUUUCGGAUGCCCCACCUGCUGCGACUGCGUCGAAGACUCACGUUUCCUCCUCUCAUGCCAUCACUAUUCCCGAACAGACUGAAGAUGCCGACGCAGGAGAGCCCUCUCUCUCCGAAGGUUCGACGCUAUUUGUUAAGAAUCUGGCAUUUUCUACGUCAACAGAACGCUUUAAUCAGAUGUUCCGCAACCUACCUUCCUUUUCUUUUGCCCGUGUGCAGACCAAGCCUGACCCUAAGCGUCCUGAUGGACGGCUGAGCAUGGGUUAUGGGUUUGUGGGUUUCAAAGACGUUGAAGGGGCUCGGAAGGCGAUGAAGAGCAUGCAGGGUUUUGUUUUGGAUGGGCAUGCAUUGCACAUCAAGUUUGCCGGCCGGGGCGCGGAGGACGAGGGGCGCGGUAAAGACAAUACCACCUCGAAGAGUCGGACGACUAAGAUGAUCGUGAAAAAUGUACCGUUCGAGGCAACACGGAAAGAUAUCCGGGAGCUUUUCGGGUUAGUGCCGCCCCUGUUUGCAUCACGAAUUGUAUCACUUAUUGUCUUUUUGCUCAGUUCACAUGGACAGCUGAAAUCUGUCCGCCUUCCAAAGAAGUUUGACUCUCGCACGCGUGGUUUUGCCUUUCUUGAUUUCGUUUCAAGAGCGGAGGCCGAAAAUGCGUAUGCUGCGUUGCGUCACACUCAUCUUUUGGGUCGGCAUCUGGUACUGGAGUGGGCUGAGGAAGCUGAACAGGAUCUCGAGGUGCUGCGAAGGAAGGCGGGCGUAGGCUUUGGUGAUGGCAAGGCGAUACCUGGACGUAAAAGGAAGCUCGACAUGGGCAAUACCGUUGAAGGGGAAAUGGAUGAUGAGUGA